GGGUUACUCUGAUAUCGGGUGAAAAUGGUCUAUACUAUUAUGAUAAACCAAGUGGGUCCGUCAGCGAUCCAUAUCCAACCGCAUUCGAAGAAGAAUAUGAGGGUGGAAUUACUUUUUUGGCUUUUGGCGAUUGGGGACAAAAAGGACCUGGCACCGGUCAACCCCAAGUUGCCUCUGCUAUGAAAACUUGGGCUGAUGCCAAUCAAACUACUUUUGUUUUAAGUCUCGGAGAUAAUUAUUAUCAAACGAACAACUCCCUUCCAGUCACGGAUCCUAAUGAUCACGAAGGUGUAUUAAAUAUAAUUGAUCCAAAAUGGAAAACAUAUUGGCUGGAUGUAUAUGGUGGUAGAUUGAAUGAAACUAUAUGGUAUACCAUAACAGGAAACCAUGAUUGGUACACUAAUGUCACCGCUGAAGUAUACUAUUUCUGGGAUGUUGACUGGAGAUUUUUCCUUCCAUCACUUUAUUAUGUGAGGAAAGUUAAAUUUGGUGAUGAUAUAUCAGCCGUCUUUAUUCAUAUUGACACAGAUCCAUUCUAUUACAAUUACACUAGCUAUAAUAAUACAAAUAACUUAAAACAAACUCUUAAUGACUUUAAAUUAUAUACGUCUGAACAAAUUAACGAUAGAUUAAAAUGGAUCGAAGAUCAGUUGAUUGAUGCACAGGAUGCUGAUUGGAUUUUCGUUGUCGGUCACCAUCCACUUAUUGGCGAUUGUCGACUUCAAAAUCCUGCCUACUAUUUGAUGUAUUUACUUCCUCCUGUAUUUACAAAGUAUAAAGUAUCGGCUUAUUUCAACGGCCAUGCUCAUGAUCUUUCAUAUUCGGCCGCCAAUGCUACUUCUCCUGUCACUUAUUUCGGCUCUGGUGCUGGUGGUGCUUUACUUGGCACUGGUUGUCCAAAUCCAGAUUGGGCAUCCCCUUAUACUUUUGGCUUCUUAUCUGUUAGCAUUCCAGCUGAUGGAAAAACUCUGUCUUUCGAUUUUGUUAAUGCAAAUACAACAGAAGUUCCUCCAAAAGUCGUCUAUUCUGGCCAAGUUAAAUCUCGUAAAGGAUGA